UUCCAGUAGAUGGCGGGAAUGCACCUUUAAGUUGGUCAGCCAGCCGCCAUCAAACUCCAGAAGAAAAAGAAAACGGGGAGCAGUAGUGCCAUCACACAGCUUUGAGUCUUCUGAGAUGAGAUCUGCUCCUCCCACAACGGUUUAUGAAGGAAAGUCGAAAACAUGACUGAUCCAGAACCCUGCAGAAUAAAACAGGAAGACACUGAAGAACAAAUAGGCUGGUACCUGAAAGAAGAGAACAAGGAGAUUGAAGAACCGACUGAAGUAGAAGAGAAACCUCAUGUAAAAACUGAAGAAACAUUCUCAAAACUCUCAUUGAAAAGAAGAGAUGAAAUAUAUUUCACUUGUCCGCAGUGUGGAAAGAGUUUCUCAUGCAAGAACAAUCUUGAUGUUCACAUAAAAUGUCAUCUUGAUGGGUUUUCAGAUGACCUGAAGGACCACCUGAAAGUUUAUACAAGGAAGAAGAAGCCUUAUGUAUGUAAUUUAUGUGGAAAUAGUUUUAUUCAGAGGGCUACAUUAAAAAGACACCAGAAAAGACACAGUGGUGUGAAGGAUCAUGGUUGCUCUGAGUGUGGGAAGACUUUUUUUACUGAUGGUGCACUGAAAGUGCACCUGAUAGUUCACACUACAGAAACACCUUACAAGUGUUCACACUGUGACAAGAGAUUCAAACGGUCAAUAUAUGUGAAAAGACAUGAGAGAAUCCACACUGGAGAGAAACCAUAUACAUGUGAUCAGUGUGGGAAGAGUUUUGGACGAAAAGUACAUCUUAACAAACACUUGACAGUCCACACUGGAGAGAAGCCGUACAAAUGUGAUCAGUGUGGCAGGGGUUUUACACAAAAAGACCUCCUAAAUGUUCACAUGACAAUCCACACUGGAGAGAAGCCGUACACAUGUGAUCAGUGUGGGAAGAGUUUCAGAAUAUCAAGUGUUUUUAGAAGUCAUCUGCUUAUUCAUUCAAAUGAAAGACUUUAUAACUGUGACCAGUGUGGUAAACAUUUCUUUAGAACAGGGGCCCUAAAUAGGCAUCUGAAAGUUCAUACAAAGGAGAAGCCUCAUCUGUGUUCUUUGUGUGGAAAGAGUUUUAGUGAACGGGAUGCUUUAAAAAUACACCAGAAAAGACACAGUGGUGUGAAGGAUCAUAUUUGCUCUGAGUGUGGGAAGGCGUUUUUUACAGAUGCUGAAGUGAAAAAGCACAAGGUAAUUCACACUACAGAAACACCUUUUAAUUGUUCACACUGUGACAAGAGAUUUAAACGGUCCGUAUAUCUUAAAGUACAUGAGAGGAUCCAUACUGGAGAGAAGCCGUAUCACUGCCAUUCAUGUGGCAAGAGUUUCACUCAAUUAUAUUCUCUAACCUAUCACAAAAAAAAGAUGCAUGUCUGAAAUAACAGUAAGUAAUUUAAAUAUUGAUCUGUACUUACAGAUGUGAUGCUGUGGAGAGCCACAUCAAGUAAUUAUUUUGGCAAUCAAUUAAU